AUGUAUACCUUUGCCUUCCUCAGAGGCGUUCUAGAGCUCUUUUUCGUCGGCUUCUUAAUUUCUGUAUCAAGGGCAAACAUCAUCCAAAAACGCCUACCGGCCCAACUCCAAGCCCCAACUUUCUAUACCUAUUGCUGCCCUGUAGGAGGUCAAUCGCUUGACCCAGGAAGUAAAGCGGCGGAUGUCAAUUCCAACAUCGACAAGAUCCGAUCGGGAAACCUGACACUGGAGGUCGAAGCAAAGUCAUGUAAAGACCUCGUUUGCACCGGCGAUUCAUCUGUUCAGAUUUGUACUGAAAAUAAUCAAAAGACACCUGGUAACAAGGAUCUUGUCUCAGCAAUGGUGCAGGCUAUUAGUGUUCAAUGUUUUGGUGCGCCAACCGACAAUUGUGGGCAGAUCUUUCAUGAAACGGGCAUCAAUGUUAUUCUCAGCAAGAAGAAAUGCGGUUCAUGA